AUGGCGGCCUCAGCGAUGGCGGAGAUGCGCCGGGAGGGCAACGAGCAUUUCCAGGCCGGGCGCUACGCGGAGGCGCUGGCCGCGUACACGCGCGCGCUGGGGCUGGCCGCCCCCGAGGCCGAGGCCGAGGCGGCCUCCCAGCGCGCCCUGCUCUUCCGCAACCGCGCCGCCUGCCAGCUGAAGCUGGAGGACUACGCGCAAGCCGAAGCGGACGCCUCCCGAGCUCUGGAGCUGGACGGGCACGACGUGAAGAGCCUCUUCCGCCGCAGCCAGGCCCUCCGGGGCCUGGGCCGCCUCGACCGGGCCGCCUCGGACCUGCAGCGGUGUGUGCGCUUGGAGCCCAAGAACAAGGCCUUCCAGGAGGCUCUGCGCGACCUUGGCAGCAGCGCCCAGGAGAAGGUGAAAGUCAUGAGCUGUACUGACUCAAAAGUAGAAGCCAUGUUUAAGCUGCUGCUGGACAGCGAGGAAAAGGAUCAGGACAAGAAACAAAAGGCAGCUCAGAACCUGAUAGUUCUGGCUCGAGAGGAGCCUGGUGCCGAGAAAAUUUUCCAGAAUGAUGGAGUGUGCUUACUGCUGCAGCUCUUGGACACAGGCCGUUUGGAUAUGAUGAUAGCAGCCUUGCGGACCUUCACUGGCCUCUGCCGUGGUCACUGUUCUCGAACAGUGGUGAUUCUGAGAGACCUGGGGCCUCAACGUCUCUUUGCUGUGCUAGAGCGGGAGGAUGAACAUCUUUCACUGGCUGUCUAUAACCUGUUGCAGGUCAUGUUUGAGACCCUCAGGCAGGGCCUGCAAAAAGAAGUGCUGCACAAAGACAACGUUUUGGCAUCAGACUCAACCAGAGAGCUGAAGCUGCUCCUUAGAUGGCUGUUAGAGGCGCUCACUCGAGCAGGCAUCUCUUCCUAUGGUCGUGACAGUAUCCUCAAUCUGCUGAUCAGCGCAAUAGCCCCAAAGUCGCUGCAGGCCUCCAACAACGCUUUGACCCUUUGGGUCAUUGAUCACGGUCUCAAAGAGAUCCUGGAGGUUGGGAGCACAGUGCCCCAUAGUCCUGGAGGCCUGCUUGUGACAGAGAACACCCCUAUGACUGUGGCUGUGCUGCUUAGUAAACUUUACGAGGACUUGAAGUGUGAUAGCGAGAGAGAGAAUUUCCAUCGACUCUGUGAGGAAUAUGUCCGGGAUUGGUUCCAGGACCACGGCAUGCCUGGGAAACUCAGGGCCAUCCAGACAGUGAGCUGUCUCCUGCAAGGCCCUUCAGAGGCCGGGAACCAGGUGCUGGAACUGAAUGGCAUCAUGGAGAGCAUUCUGGCAUUGUGUGCCUCAUCCCAGGUGGCUCACCAACUUGUGGCUGUGGAGGCCCUGAUCCACGCAGCUGACAAGGCCAAGCGUGCCUCCUUCAUCACUGCAAAUGGGGUGACGCUGCUCAAGGAGAUUUACAAGCACAGUGAGCGUGACAGCAUUCGCAUCCGGGCUCUGGUGGGCCUUUGUAAAUUGGGCUCGGCUGGGGGCACAGACUUCAGCAUGAAACAGUUUGCCGAAGGCUCCACCUUGAAACUGGCCAAGCAGUGCUGCAAAUGGUUGUGCAAUGAGACUCUUGAUGCUGGCACCCGCCAUUGGGCAGCAGAAGGCUUGGCAUUCCUCACCUUGGACGCAGAUGUCAAGGAAGAACUUCUGGAGGACAACGCAGCUCUGCAGGCUCUGUUCCAGCUGGCACAGUCAGAGAAUCGGAGCUGCUUAUUUGCUGUGGCCUCUACACUGGUCAACUGUACCAGCAGCUAUGACUUUGAGGAACCUGACCCACAGAUGGUGGAGCUUGCUAAAUACGCUAAGCAGCACAUCCCCGAGAAGCACCCCAAGGAUAAGCCAGAGUUCGUCCACAGGCGUGUGCAGAAGCUCCUGGCCGCCGGUGUGGUUUCGGCUCUUGUCUGCAUGGUCAAGAACGAGAGCCCUUCUUUAAGCCCUGCCUGCCGGGAGCUGAUUUCCAGGGUUUUCCUGGCCGUAGUGGAUACCCCGGAGAACCGUGGGGCUGUGGUAGCUGCUGGAGGGGGGAAGGCGCUCAUCCCUCUGGCUCUUGAGGGGACUGAAGUGGGGCAAAGCAAGGCCGCGCAGGCUCUGGCCAAGAUCACCAUCACGACGGCUCCGGAGAUGGCCUUUCCUGGAGAGCGGGUCUGUGAGGUGGUCCGUCCCCUGGUGAGCCUCCUGCACCUGACUCGCUCCGGCCUGCAGAAUUUCGAGGGGCUGAUGGCACUCACCAACCUGGCUGGGACCAGUGAGAGGCUCAGGCAGAAGAUCGUGAAGGAAAAGGCCGUGCCCAUGAUUGAAGGCUACAUGUUUGAGGAGCACGAGAUGAUUCGUCUGGCAGCCACAGAGUGCAUGUGCAACCUGGCCUUGAGCCCACAGGUGGCAGAGCUGUUCCUGGUUGAAGGCAGCGAUCGUCUGAAACUGCUGGUUUUGUACAGUGGGGAGGAAGAUGAGAGGCUUCGUCGGGCAGCUUCUGGGACACUGGCAGUCUUGACCUCGCUGCUGCCACAGAUCUGUGUCCGGAUUUCCCAAAUGACAGCGGACUGGCUGGAAAUCCUGCAGUCUCUGCUGCUCAGCCCCUGCACAGAGCUUCAGCACCGCGGUGUGGUAGUGGUGAGGAACAUGAUGGCAGCCGACCGGGAGGUGGCCACGAAGCUGAUGGAGAGCGAGAUGCUGGAGAUCUUGUCCGUGGCGACCAGGGCGGAGGACAAGCCCCAGGUGGCCCAGGUGGCCCAGGAGUGCCUGGCUCAGGCUGUCUCUUACGGCUUGAUCAAGCCCAAUGCUGCAGUCAGGGAGUGAGGGCCCUCGUGCCGUGCACCUCUGCUGCACCUGGGCCUGGUGGGGCACUACUGACUGCUGGGAGCUGGCAAAGCAGGAGCUCUUGGGGGGCCUGGAGCAGCUCUCCCCCCCAAGGAAAUCCUUUGUCAGAGCUGUUCCUUCAGCCUGCGCUCCCCCUGCGGAGCCUCAGCCUCCCUCUUUGCUGCUACACAACCCUUCUUCUCUUUUGCACUUUCCGCAUUUU